GAUGUGGUCACAGCAUUUAAAUUUAUUUGGACCCUUUGAAUUGACUUAUUAACUCCAGGGACCAUUUCAAAGCAUACGUGGGAUCCUAAGCAUUUAAGUAGCUCAAGUUUCCCAGAUCGAUACUUCGAGUUUCAUCCCAACUUUUUAUACUUGAAUUUGGCCAAAAUGCUUCGUCAAUUGUUCCCAAGAGGGGCGGCUUUCGCGAAACCAUACUCCAGAGUGUUAAGACGGUGGGAGGCUUCGUCGAGAUUAUACAGCAUACAAGCAGAAGCUGCUUCUACAAUAAAGUUACAAGAUAUCGACCCUACCAAAUUAACCAUAACCAAAAACACUACCCCUAGUGAACUACUUCCUCCGAAUGAAUUGGUCUUUGGAAGAUCGUUUACAGGCAAGCCCAUCUGAGAACUGUCCACAACUCCAAUCGCUAACCGCUCAUAGAUCAUAUGCUUAGCAUUGAAUGGACAGCCUCUGAAGGGUGGUUGCCCGCACGUAUAACACCUUACCAAAACCUUUCUCUCGAUCCCGCCUCUUGCGUUUUCCAUUAUGCGUUCGAAUGUUUCGAGGGAAUGAAAGCAUACAAGGAUAAAAGUGGAAAAGUAAGGCUGUUUAGACCUACUAAGAAUAUGGAGCGAAUGAACAAAUCCUCAGCUCGCAUUGCUCUGCCAACUUUCGAUCAAUCGGCUAUGAUUGAGUUGAUUUCGAAAUUCGUUGCUAUGGAGAAGCGAUUCAUCCCAGACGCUAGAGGAUAUUCAUUAUACCUAAGACCGACUAUGAUUGGAACACAAAGAACACUGGGUGUUGGACCACCAGGAUCCGCGUUACUGUAUGUUAUUGCUUCUCCAGUUGGACCAUAUUAUCCUACUGGAUUCAAGGCCGUGUCCUUGGAAGCUACAGAUUAUGCUGUGAGAGCAUGGCCAGGAGGAGUUGGAGACAAGAAACUGGGUGCAAACUAUGCUCCAUGUAUAUUGCCACAAUUAGAGGCGGCGAAGAGAGGAUUCCACCAAAACUUAUGGUUAUUCGGAGAUGAAGAGUUUGUCACCGAGGUUGGUACCAUGAAUAUGUUUGUGGCUAUCAAGAAUAAGGAAGGCCAGAAGGAAUUGGUUACUGCUCCAUUAGACGGUACCAUCUUGGAAGGUGUCACAAGAGACUCUGUUCUGUCCUUGGCUCGCGAGAAGCUUACCAAGGAGGGAUGGAUCAUUUCUGAGCGCAAAUACACUAUGAAAGAAUUAUCAGAUGCAUCGAAAGAAGGAAGAUUAUUAGAGGCGUUCGGAGCAGGAACAGCAGCUGUUGUUAGUCCAGUGAGAAACAUCUCAUGGAAGGGCAACUUAGUUGAGUGUGGAUUGAGGCCAGACCAAGAAGCCGGUGAGAUCGCAUUGAAGAUGAAGGAAUGGAUAGAGGCGAGACAAUAUGGCGAUGAAGAGCAUGAGUGGAGUUAUGUUGUACCUAAUUAGCGAACUUCUGUGUGGAUGUAAAUACCUGUAGAGCCGGACGAAUGAAAAGUGAGCGAUAGAAUAUAUAUGUCAUACCUAGAAUCAUAUUGU